UUUGUUUGAUUAUUGGGAACAAUUUUACGAGCGAGCGAUUGUAUUUUUGCUUAUUUUGUUAAUUUUCUGCUAUUUUUAUGAUGAGCGAUCACCAAGGGGGACAGAACGAGAAGUCGGCACCUGGAUUUUGUUCAGCGACGUGCGUGGACAAAGUGUGCCUUCAGAGAGAGCUCCAGAAACCUGAGCCUAAAACAUCGGAUUUCUUUGCUACUUGCAACUUGCCAAAAAGAUUCGAACAUCCACACUGGUUCAAUGGCUACGGCAGUCAAGUGAGUAAGCAACAUCCGUUCUAUCGGACGAGCGCCAGCGAAUACGGAUGGUAUGCUCCAGGACCCCACUCUGUACCCUUGCAGUAUCACCCGAAGAUACAAUCGUUUACGAACAAUCUGGCGCAGUUUGGGAUGUACCGCAACUAUUCGCUUAAUACCGCCCUUGACCAUUAAAUGAGCUCUAAUAACCGUGAAAUUGCUUUUUGAGGU